CAGUGAGCUGUGAUUAUGCCACUGCACUACAGCUGGGGUGACAGGGACGCUAGCUCAAAAAGCAAAUGAGCAAACAACCACCACAAAGCGCUUUGCCAUUGUGACGUGGUGGUGUUCCGCAGAGGCCCGGGGCCCUCUCCCUCUGGAGUCAGCACCUCAGCCCUGCCCCGUGUUCAGAAUCAGGGAUGUAGAGCCCCAAGCCCCGAGUGGACGGAGCACGCUCCGCCUGUGUGCGACAGUGAGGAGUGGGCUUCAGGUCACCUCCACGGCCCCUCCCCGGGGCGGCCCCUCUUUGAGGUGGCAUCUGUGUAGCUGUGGCAUGCACAACACCCUCAUGAUUUCUCUCUCUUUUCUCUCUCUGCCUUUCCUCUGGCACUUCCUCUUGUUUUUCUCUGCAUGGUUUCUGUAUUAUUAGUCCCGAGGUAAGAACUGGCUGAGUGCCUUGUCUACAGCCCUUUUUCCGCCUUUGCCGUCUGUCCUGCCCGCCCAGGCCCUUUGCACCUUCUUGUCUGGAGAGCGUCAGGAGGGUCGGGUCGGGGCGCGCCUCUGCUGGCCGUGUGCGGCCGGCUCCACCUUCAGGCUGUCCUUGCCCUUCCCCACCCAGGUUCCUGUGCCCAGGUGUCUUCUCCGGUCUCGUCUCUCCCUAGGUGGAGGGCCUGCAGCGAAGGCCCGUGUGGGUGGGGCGCCCCUCCCCUUCUCGACCCAAGCUUCGCCUUCUGUCCCCUGUGCAGUGUGGAGGUCAUCCGUCUGGGCCACAGCUACUUCAUCAAUUGGGAUAAGAAGAUGUUCUGCAUGAAGAAGCGGACGCCUGCAGAAGCCCGCACCACCACGCUGAACGAGGAGCUGGGCCAGGUGGAGUACAUCUUCUCCGACAAGACGGGCACCCUCACCCAGAACAUCAUGGUCUUCAACAAGUGCUCCAUCUAUGGCCGCAGCUACGGUGAUGUGUUUGAUGUCCUGGGACACAAAGCUGAACUGGGAGAGAAGCCAGAACCUGUCGACUUCUCCUUCAAUCCUCUGGCUGACAAGAAGUUCUUAUUUUGGGACCCCAGCCUCCUGGAGGCUGUCAAGAUCGGGGACCCCCACACGCAUGAGUUCUUCCGCCUCCUUUCCCUGUGUCAUACUGUCAUGUCGGAAGAAAAGAAUGAAGGAGAGCUGUACUACAAAGCUCAGUCCCCAGAUGAGGGGGCCCUGGUCACUGCAGCCAGGAACUUUGGUUUUGUAUUCCGCUCUCGCACCCCCAAAACGAUCACCGUCCAUGAGAUGGGCACAGCCAUCACCUACCAGCUGCUGGCCAUCCUGGACUUCAACAACAUCCGCAAGCGGAUGUCAGUCAUCGUGCGGAAUCCAGAGGGGAAGAUCCGUCUCUACUGCAAGGGGGCCGACACGAUCCUGCUCGACAGACUGCACCACUCCACACAGGAGCUGCUCAACACCACCAUGGACCACCUUAAUGAGUACGCAGGGGAAGGGCUGAGGACCCUGGUGCUGGCCUACAGGGACCUGGAUGAAGAGUACUAUGAGGAGUGGGCUGAGCGACGCCUCCAGGCCAGCCUGGCCCAGGACAGCCGGGAGGACAGGCUGGCUAGCGUCUACGAGGAGGUGGAGAACAACAUGAUGCUCCUGGGUGCAACGGCCAUUGAGGACAAGCUUCAGCAAGGGGUUCCGGAGACUAUUGCCCUCCUGACGCUGGCCAACAUCAAGAUUUGGGUGCUAACCGGAGACAAGCAAGAGACGGCUGUGAACAUCGGCUAUUCCUGCAAGAUGCUGACAGAUGACAUGACCGAGGUGUUCAUAGUCACUGGCCAUACUGUCCUGGAGGUGCGGGAGGAGCUCAGGAAAGCCCGGGAGAAGAUGAUGGACUCAUCCCGCUCCGUAGGCAACGGCUUCACCUACCAGGAGACGCUUUCUUCUUCCAAGCUAACUUCUGUCCUGGAGGCCGUUGCUGGGGAGUACGCCCUAGUCAUCAAUGGUCACAGCCUGGCCCACGCGCUGGAGGCGGACAUGGAGCUGGAGUUUCUGGAGACAGCGUGUGCCUGCAAAGCUGUCAUCUGCUGCCGCGUGACCCCCUUGCAGAAGGCACAGGUGGUGGAACUGGUCAAGAAGUACAAGAAGGCUGUGACGCUUGCCAUUGGAGAUGGAGCCAAUGAUGUCAGCAUGAUCAAAACAGCUCACAUUGGUGUGGGCAUCAGUGGGCAGGAGGGGAUCCAGGCUGUCCUGGCCUCCGAUUACUCCUUCUCCCAGUUCAAGUUCCUGCAGCGCCUCCUGCUGGUGCAUGGGCGCUGGUCCUACCUGAGAAUGUGCAAGUUUCUUUGCUAUUUCUUCUACAAAAAUUUUGCUUUCACCAUGGUCCACUUCUGGUUUGGCUUCUUCUGCGGCUUCUCAGCCCAGACUGUCUAUGACCAGUAUUUCAUCACCCUGUAUAACAUCGUGUACACGUCCCUGCCAGUCCUGGCUAUGGGAGUCUUUGAUCAGGAUGUCCCUGAGCAGCGGAGCAUGGAGUACCCUAAGCUGUAUGAGCCGGGCCAGCUGAACCUUCUCUUCAACAAGCGGGAGUUCUUCAUCUGCAUCGCCCAGGGCAUCUACACCUCCGUGCUCAUGUUCUUCAUUCCCUACGGGGUGUUUGCCGAGGCCACCCGGGAUGAUGGCACCCAGCUGGCUGACUACCAGUCCUUUGCAGUCACUGUGGCCACAUCACUGGUCAUCGUGGUUAGUGUGCAGAUUGGGCUGGACACAGGCUACUGGACGGCCAUCAACCACUUCUUCAUCUGGGGCAGCCUUGCUGUUUACUUUGCCAUCCUCUUUGCCAUGCACAGCAAUGGGCUCUUCGACAUGUUUCCCAACCAGUUCCGGUUUGUGGGGAAUGCCCAGAACACCUUGGCCCAGCCCACGGUGUGGCUGACCAUCGUGCUCACCACUGUCGUCUGCAUUAUGCCUGUGGUUGCCUUUCGAUUCCUCAGGCUCAACCUGAAGCCAGAUCUCUCCGACACGGUCCGCUACACCCAGCUGGUGAGGAAGAAGCAGAAGGCCCAGCAUCGCUGCAUGCGGCGGGUUGGCCGAACAGGCUCCCGGCGCUCCGGCUACGCCUUCUCCCACCAGGAGGGCUUUGGGGAGCUCAUCAUGUCCGGCAAGAACAUGCGGCUGAGCUCCCUCGCGCUCUCCAGCUUCACCACCCGCUCCAGCUCCAGCUGGAUUGAGAGCCUGCGCAGGAAGAAGAGUGACAGUGCCAGUAGCCCCAGUGGCAGUGCCGACAAGCCCCUCAAGGGCUGAAGGCCGAGGAUGGAUGCCCUGUGCCAGUGACCAGAGCACCCAGGGCUGGCCAGUCACUGAGGGAACAGCGUCUCCGAACUGCUGGUCCUCACUCCUUGCCUCCCGUCCUCCCUGGUAGACUCUGUCCUGCUGGUCCCGCCACGCGUGGCUGGGGCAUCCAUCCCCAGCUGCAGGCCCUUCCACCAGCUGGGGAGCUAGAGGGAGCAGGCCCAAGGGCAGAGCAGAGGCCGAGGCACGGGGAGCCAGCUCUGGUUGGGGACCAGAUGUGGAACCAAAAACGAGAAAAAACUGUGAGAGAUUGCGUCUGCCCCUGCCCUGCCUGGGACCCACAGGGAGACUAUAAUCUCCUUAUUUUUUUACUCCUACUCCCCAGAGGGGCCCUAGCGCCCCUGUUCCUGACUUACACAAGAAUGUACCAUGCCGGGAAGCCAGAGACCUGCGGGGGCCUCGGUCCCUCACGUCGUGUUUGUCUCUCCUUGAUUUGUGUUGUGUCCAGUUUGGUUUUGUCUUUUUUUAUUUGGCAGGUGGAGGAGGCCUUUAUGUGACUUUGAUGUGGUUGGUGUCUUAGCUCUCCUGGGAAGAGGAGGCGGGCACACACUGGGAUGCUGCAGCCUGCCGGGCUGUGGGGUGGUUCGGGAGGAUCCGUGAUGGCUCUCUCUGCAGUGGCCAGUGCUCUGUGGGACAGAGGAGCUGACCAGGAAGGGAGGUGCCCGUCAGCAGAGGGUGGUGGGAAGGGCAAAGGAGGGUUUGGUCCUGUCUCCUUCCUCACCUUGAGAGUAUAGUGCUGCCCGGUGCCCCCAACACACAUGUAUCAGUUCCUGGGUUCCUUAGUCCUGCUGGCCUUGGGCUGGAGCCUGGGAAAGUGGCCCCCAAAUCCUUAGUGAGCUAAACCUGGGUCUGAAAUUUGGUCGGUGGGGAGGGGUAGUUUUCUUUAAUAUUAAAUCUAAACCCAAGUUUAUUGGCAGAUGCCCUUUUAACCUCCCUUUGACUCCCCAUCUGGCGCUUUCUUGCACCUAAACCCCAGGGCCCUGCACCUGAGAUGAGGCUGGAAGGGGAACUGGCCUUUCUUCUCCUUUCUCCCAGAAGCAAGGAGCCCCGCCCCUCAGGCCCAGCAUCUGGCAAGAGGUGGUGGAGUCCUCGUACUGGGUGGUAGAGGAGGGGAAGGGCACAGCCAGGCCCAGGCCAACACCUGGCUUGGUCUGGAUGGGACACAGUCAAGAGUCCGGCCACAGCCUGUCCUUUACAUCGUCCACACCUAUGAAGCUAUUCCCUAAAUAAGGCGUUUCCCAAGGUAGUCGCUGCCUAAUCAGCCCUGAGAAGAAUCCUUUCCUCUUUUUUUUGGUAGUGGGUCAGGGGAUACUUCAGGAAUGGUGUGGAGCUGGGAGUGGGUCGAGGGAUUUUAAAUGUUCCAUGUGGGAGCCCCAAAGGAACUGGAGGGGCUGCAGUGAGGGGAUGGGUGGGCGGGGAGUGCGAGAGGGGUCUUGGCAGGGAAAUCCCUUUUGGCCGCACAGUUUACAAACCCAGUAUCAUGUCUGUCUGUGUGUCUCUCAAGGUGAGAGUCUGAUUUUUAUACCAAAGAGGAAAUGAUUUUUUUUCAUAUUUUGUUUGUCUAUAUUAUAUAAAUAUAUAUAUAUACAGUUAUAUAUAUAUAUAUAUUAUUUUUUGGUUCUCUCUCGUUUUUUAGGGAGGGAAGAAAGUACCAAGUUGCAUUGAGCUGUAAUUAAGGAACGUUAUAAUUUAUGACACAUUUCUAUACUUGCAAAAAUUAUAUCAUUUUAUGGAUAUAAGAGAAAAUGCCUUUUUAUAAAAUUUCAAUUUCUGA